CAAUUCUGCUUCGCCUCCCGCACAUUCCAUUAUUUAUACUGCGGGAUAGGUGUUUCUUCCUUUCUUCUUUUCUUCGAAUAUUAGACUUCUCUUCUUGAAUAUUAUUGACGCCUUGUCCAGCGUAUAACUACUAUAAUUCCUCUAGACCCUGUUCAUGCGCCCCUUGAAAUAUGUCCACAGAAUAUUGAAUAUCAAGCGAGCCCGGCGCGAUAGUUAAUAUAAUUACUAAAUUCAUUCCUCAUAUCCUUUAGCUCUGUUUUUCUCGCCCCAACCUCCUAUCCGUUAAAACCGGGCUGCUUUCCCCUCCUUAAAUGGCCGCCAUGGCCAUCCCACGCUCACUGCGCCGAACGAACCCUAUUACCCUCAUUCUAGCUGGUCUACUCACGGUUGGGUUCCUUUUCUUUAUCUUCUCUCCUUCGACUUCUGCCACUGCGUCCACUUUCCAAGAACGGAAAAACUAUGCGGCUGCGAGCGUUCUCUCUCCUCCUUCCAAACCCUUCUUCAAGGAAUCCCCGAUGAAAUCGAAUGGCCGUCCUGCGCCGCCCCCAGUCGUCCGAUAUAAUAUGAAUAACAACACUGCGACAACAGACUCGGUCAAAAACCAUGAGCGUGUGCUCAUUCUUACGCCGCUAGCUAGAUUCUACACAGAAUACUGGGACAAUUUGGUGAAACUCUCAUUCCCACAUCAAUACAUCUCUCUGGGAUUUAUUAUCCCGAAAACGCGGGAUGGGAAUGCUGCGGUAUCAGCAUUGCAGGCUGCUAUUAAAAAGACCCAGUCAGGGCCGGUCGAUGAUAGAUUUGCUAGCAUUACUAUCCUACGGCAAGAUUUCGACCCCCCAAUUCCAUCUCAGGAUGAAAAGGAACGACACAAAAUGGAAAAUCAAAAGAAACGACGGGAAGCUAUGAGUCGGGCGCGGAACAGCCUUCUCUUUACGACAUUGGGGCCGUCGACAUCCUGGGUCCUCUGGCUCGACGCCGAUAUUAUCGAGACCCCUGCGAGCCUGAUUCAAGAUCUGACAAAACACAACAAGCCCGUCAUCGUACCGAACUGCUAUCAACGUUUCCAAAAUCCAGACACAAAACAGAUGGAAAUACGGCCAUACGAUUACAAUUCAUGGGUAGACAGUUUGCAGGCACAGGAACUCGCCAAGGAUAUGGGCCCGGAUGAAAUUCUGCUGGAGGGAUAUGCAGAAAUGCCAACCUACAGAACACUGAUGGCUCACAUGGCCGACCUCUCUCCAAACCGGAAUACCGAUGUAAUAAUGUCACUUGACGGAGUCGGGGGAACAGCUCUUAUGGUAAAGGCGGACGUUCAUCGCGAUGGCGCAAUGUUCCCUGCUUUCCCUUUCUACCAUCUAGUAGAAACGGAGGGUUUUGCAAAGAUGGCACGAAGACUCGGGUGGAAGUGCUUUGGAUUGCCGAAUUAUUUUGUGUAUCAUUAUAACGAGUAA